AUGGAAGAGAGGGAGAAAGUUGUGAAGCAUAUGUGGGAUGUGUAUAACAAUGGCCGUCGUAUCAGAUUACCUAGGUUUUGGCAAGAGGCGUUCGAAGCUGCUUAUGAGGAGCUAACGAGUGAUGUGCCUGAUGUGGUGGAAGCUGCCAUUGCGAAGAUUGCAAGGAUGUCUAUUCGCUCCGUUGUCAUAGAUCCGCCUCCGGUUCACUCAACGAACGUACGAGAAUUGACAAAGACUCUGAAACUUGCGGAUAGAGGAAGAACGACCCAAAUAUCCAAACGAAACAGCAAAUAG